AUGGAGGACGGCAAGUACGUGCAAGAUAGCGUCUGGUUCUAUGCGCCGAACAAAGGAGCACCGGUCUUCUUCGCGGUAGCAUUCCUGGUAUCAGGAGCUGUACAUGCAUGGCAGACCGUGCACUAUAAAUGCUGGCGGCUAACAGGCUUAUACGUUUUCUGUCCCACUCUCUUCCUAGCCGGAUUCAUCGUCAGAGAGCUAGGAGCAUUCGACUAUACCGAUCUCAUCAAGUACAUUGUCAGCAUCUGCUUGGUGUACGCUGCCCCCCCGCUGUAUGAACUCGGGAAUUACUAUGUCCUCGGUCGGAUCCUGUACUUCGUCCCUUACCACUCGCCCAUCCACCCCGGCCGUGUGCUCACAACCUUCGCUGCCAUCUCAAUGGUGAUUGAAGCGCUAAAUGGCAACGGUGCUGCCUAUAUCUCGAACCAGUCUCUGCCGGAAGAGAAACGCAACAUGGGAAAGGCACUGCUCCAGGCAGCGCUCAUCAUGCAGCUUGUCGUGCUCAUACUUUUCGUGACACUCGCGACCUACUUUCAACUCAAGUGCCGGCGGAACGGUAUCAACUCACCGAAGGUCAACAGCGCAAUGACGACGUUGUACAUCAGCACCUCCCUGAUCGGCGUGCGCACUAUCUACCGCAUCGUCGAAUACUUUGACCUCGCCAACGUGAACUUCUGGGAUCCCAAUUUCGACCCGCAGCUCAUGAGCCCCAUCAUCCGCUACGAGUGGUUUUUCUACGUCUUUGAGGGGACUCUCAUGCUGCUGAACUCGGUCCUGCUCAACGUGCGCCAUCCUCGCCGGUGGCUGCCCAAAAGCACCAAAGUCUAUCUGGCCAAGGACGGCGUCACCGAGAUCAUGGGUCCUGGGUACAAGCAGGAGCGAAACUUCUUCGCGACGCUCCUCGACCCGUUUGACAUCUACGGUAUGAUCAAGGGGAAUGACAAGAAGAGUCGGUUUUGGGACGAAAGUGCGACGGGGGAGCCAAAGUCCAUGUCAGGUAUGGCUUCGACACCAGACACCGUCGUGUGA